AUGGUGGCUCUUGAGAAAGCAAAAGAUUUGGGCUAUGAUAAACUUUGGAUGGAGACUGAUUGCAAGACGGUUUACAUUUUGCAGCAUCAUACAAUAGUUUUUGUUUUUGCAAGACAUCUUCAUGGUAGAGUUGUCUGGUCCAAGGGUACCACGCCACUUACUGUUGUUAACCUGAAAUCGAAGUUGUUGACCUUGUGGCCGACACUUGGAAAAUGGGGCAUCACAUCCCUUGGAAAAGGUUUUUUCGAAUUUGCUUUCUCCUCCCUGGAGGAUGUUCAACGUGUGCGUUCUGUUAGUGCCUGGAAUCUUCCCCAAGGGAUUCUCAAACUCUUUCCCUGGACGAAAGACUUCACACCGGCGACUCUAAAACAAACUUCAGCGCAGGUUUGGAUCCGGAUUCAUGGUCUUUCUCAGGAGUAUUGGAGACCAAGAAUCUUAUUUGCCAUUGCUAGUAGUAUUGGAACACCAAUUUGUAUUGAUUCAGCUUCAAGCAAAUCGGCCUUUGAAAGACCUUUUGGUCACAUUGUGAGGGUUCUAGUAGAUCUAGACAUGACUAAAGAUCUGAGCUACAAAAUCCUUGUUGAGAGGACAGGAUUUGCUUUCUUCGUAGACAUUGAGUAUGAAAAACUCCCAGACUUUUGUAGUUUCUGCACUUGUAUUGGGCACUCUAUAGACAACUGUAAAAGGAAAGAACAUCAAAGUUUGUUAGGCAAGGAUGGUGAGAAGAAACGCAAUAAAGAGCCUCUUGUUGGGGGGACACUGAAAGCAACUGAAGUGGUGAAUGUCAAUGAAACCCCUACCGUUAAUGCUGAAGCUGAAAUUCCAGAAGCACUGGGGCACUUGGCUGGUGAGACUUCUAAGGAUCAGUUGUUGGAAAAACCAAGGGAGGAAGCGAAUCAUGGAAAUGCCUUGGUAGUUAAUGUUAACAAUGCUUCAGCUUCAGAGGAGAAUAAGUCUGAUAGUGAAUAUGUGGAUGCUACUCAAGUUGUAGAAUUUGUUCCUGAGACUCAAAUUGAUCCAGCUCAUAAAGAAGUAGUUACUAAUUUUUUGCAAGCCUCAUGGGACAACAUGGCAGAUCUUGAAAAGGAUGAUGAUCAUGGAGUUGAUUUGUUCCCUCACAAGGAUUUCCAACUGGUCUUCAACAAGAAGAAAAGAAACAAGAAAGGAGCAAUUACAAGCAACACUAGACCUAGUUCUAGUCUCAAAAAUCUUACAUUAUGA